CUGGGGCAGCGCCGGUGCCGGCGGGGGUCGGUACUUGCGAGGACUGGGACAGAGCUGUGGGAGCGUGAGCUGGCGCGGCCGGACGGGAGCUCCGGGAGCGCCCCCAGCCGCAAGACCAGGCCGUUCUCUGCCGCCCUCGCGGCCACAGCAACAGACCAGGUGGUUGGAUUCGGCUUGGUUGCCUUCAGCCUCGUCCUCUUUGUUUACUACACCCUCUGGAUCAUCAUACUGCCCUUCAUCAACAGCAACCAUGGGAUCCACCAGUACUUCUUGCCGAGGGAGUACGCUGUUAUCAUCCCUGUGGUCGCCGGGCUGCUGCUAGUCCUAUUUAUAGGCGUUUUUAUAAUGGUCGUGAUGUGGAAGAGCAGGAAACCCGCCAAGAAAUCAGACUGAAGGCCCAGCUGAGAGAGAUGAGAAGGUGCCCACACUGCGGCAGUGUGGCCAGGAAAAGACUUUACCUGCAGCACCGGGCGGAUGCCUCCUCCAGAGCGCUCAGCGCCGAGCUGGCUGCUCUUCCUGCAGAGAUGAAACCUUCUGUAGUUUACAACUUAACUGACCAAACGGAAGCAAAACUGACCUCCGGGGCUCAUCGAGAGAGGGACCAGAGCCCUGGCUGCAAGGGACCUGCUCCCCAGCUGGGGCUGCUGUGCCCAUGCUGGCUAGAGGAGCUGUCAGGGUCCAGCAGCUGUAACCACGCGAGUGCAAGUCGAGCCCUGACCUCUGCCCAAUGCUCAGCCUCUGGAUAAUCCUUCCCCUCUGCUCUUGUGACCAGUAGUUUGUUCCUUAUAGGUUUUUUCAAAUGUUUACAUACAGUUUGUGGGGGCGUUUUUAAUUGGAUCUGUUUCAGAGGACAGAAAUUAAACUUUGGGCUGGGAAAAGGCAGGCUGGCAUUCUCCAUUUGCUUGCUGGAAGGGCUAGUCAUGGUACUGGUGGGCUCUUACCUCUCUGAGAAAGGACCCUGGUGAGGCCAGGCAUGCAGAGGAUGCAGGGACAGUGCCACUGCUGCCCUCUGUGUCCCCUCCUGCAGUCAUCCAGCUGCGGGGGUGCCACGGGGGUGCCCUGAGUCACAAGGAAGCCGUCAGCUCCCCAGGUGCGGUUCCUGUGCCAGCUGCUGGCUGGGUUCCUGCCCCAGGCAAGGCUCUGGGUGCCAGCUGGGCUGGGGCUGGGCAAGCAGGCAUGGUGGCACCCUGUCCUUCCCCCCGUGGGGUUUGCUCUCCUGGCAGCUCCCCCAGACCACAACAAGUGGGAUCGCCCUCAAUAAAGGUUCCACAAG